AUUUUAUUGUUAUUCGCCACAUUUCGCUAAACCUAUACACCGAAGCUUUAGAGUUAAACAAGGAACAUGGUGCUGGAUGGGAAUGCUGUGCAUUUAAUCGCUGGCGGGGUGGGUGGGACGGUGGGUGCAGUGCUGACAUGCCCCCUCGAGGUGGUCAAGACCCGUCUCCAGUCCUCCGUGGCAGUGUUUCGCCCAGUCUACGUCCCGUCUGUGAAUUUGGUGACCCAUGGCACCCAAUGUGCUAACCUGAGCACAUACUCAUCAGCGCGAGAUCUGGUACUGCCCCAUACCCACCACAGUAGAGUAUCUACAAGCCUCUUCAUCUGUCUCAGGCAUAUUGUCCAAACAGAAGGUGUUCGGGGUUUGUUUAGAGGCUUAGGCCCUAAUCUAGUUGGAGUCGCUCCAUCCAGGGCAAUAUAUUUUUGUACAUAUGCAAAGACAAAGCGUUUGUUAAAUCAGAACAUCUCACCUGACACCCCUCUAGUCCACAUAGGCUCAGCCGCUGCUGCAGGUGCAACUGCCAGUACGCUCACAAAUCCUAUAUGGUUUGUGAAAACAAGGUUACAGCUUGACCAAAAGAAGAAUGGGAGAUUGACGUGUACACAGUGCGUUCGGCAGAUUCUCCAGACCCAGGGCAUUCGUGGCUUCUACAAGGGACUCACAGCAUCUUACUAUGGCAUAUCCGAGACAGUCAUCCACUUUGUGAUAUACGAAGCUGUCAAGGCAAGGUUGAUGGAGUAUCGAGCGAAAUACUCACCUGAUGAAGAUCUCACAGGCAUGGACUUUCUGCGCUUUAUGUUGGCCGGUGCUAUCUCAAAGUCAUGUGCCUCCAUAAUUGCAUAUCCACAUGAAGUUGCAAGGACCCGGUUGCGACAGGAAGGUGAUAAGUACCGCUCAUUCUUCCAGACCUUAGCCUUGGUGUUUAAAGAAGAGGGGUACAGGGGCCUGUAUAGGGGACUCGCAACCCAACUUGUACGGCAAAUUCCAAACACAGCAAUAAUGAUGUCAACGUAUGAGCUCGUGGUCUACCUUCUGUGCUACGAAGAGGAUGCAACGUGAAAACAGUCCUGUGAAAAUUUGUCGCAUAGCAAUAACUAGAACUCCAAAGAGUAUAAGGCUGCCUUCUCCUGCAUAUGGAAUGGGUGGUGCAGAUUUGACGUGUGUCUACCAUCUCCUGGCAUGCAUAGUCUUGUAAAUUUACAAUUCUGAGAACUUCUCAAGAGAUCGCUUAGAAGAAAAUAUAUGUCUUCCAUGUUUGUGGAUCUGGACAGAACUCAAGCACAAAUGCUGUUCCAUAAAAAACAUUCUUACAGCUAGUGAGAGGAGAUUUGAACUAUACUUUUGGACAGAUUUAAAACCAGCUGUAUGUAUAGAUACUUAUUGUUCCAUGCCAUCAGGACAAGAAGAACCAUUGAGCUGUUCCCUGUAGGACUUAUAGCAGGAAAUUAUGCACAGGCAUGACAAUCGCUUCAGUAUUUCUGAAUCCGUAUUUAGUUGAAGCUUCAGGUUGUAAUGUCAGCUUCAUGGUUUGUGUUGAUAUGCCAUGUAUGUGGUGAAACACAUCAGAAAAAGUGUUCAAAACGAACUGCAUCUGUAACACAUUCUUGGCUAUAUAUGCAAUUAGGUCGAAGCCAGGAUCUGUUUGAAAGUUGUCUGAUGACCAUGAACUUUUGUAGCUAGUUUCCCAGUGGUGUGACGAAUGACACUGACCACCCUGAGUAUUUGGACUGUGAUGAUGUUUGAUGUACAUAUAUUGUAUACAACUUUUGAAACUGUAAAUAUAAUAGCUUGUGUGUAAAUAAGUGUAAAGAAUUGUACAUACAUAUAGAUGUACACAAAGGAAAGUGAUACAUAUGAAGAUUAUGUAACAUUUUGGAUAAAGUUUAAUGAUUAUUGAAAGGUGUAAAUGUGUGAAUUAGACUUUGUGUACAUGUGCUUGUGCUCUGUUGAAAGUACUUCAGAUACCAUGUUGAAAGUGCUUAGAAUCAUGUCUGAAAGUAGUCAAGAGUUGCUUUGAAUGUGCUUUGGGUGAUGUUUUGAAAGAGUUUUUGUUGAAUGUUUUGUUGAAUGAAAGGUCUUGUGGGGUUUGGGUGUUUUGAGCUUGCCAUAUUGUGUUGAUAGUGCUUUCGGUGUUCCGUUGAAAUUGUUUUUUGUAUUGCAUUGAAAGAGCUUCCAGUAUAAUGUAUUGCAAUAUUAGUACUCUUGGUGUUGUUUUCAAAUAGCUGUCCAUAUUGCCUUAAAAGUGCUUUUGGUGUCUGGUGUACCAGAUACAUGUAUCCUCUGAAGAGAACUUCUAAGUGUUCCAGGAUUGUGCUAUUUUGAGUUUCCAUGAUGGUACAAUUGCAUUGUCAGUAUCUUGUUUGUUAUUAUGAUCAUAUUUUUUUUUUAAAUAUAUCUAUUUUCUGUGGCAUUUUUAAAAGUGUGGUACCUGUUUGGUUUUUUUUUUUAUGAGAAUCUCCUCUAAACAACCAUACAUGAAAUUUUGUAUCCGGUACCACAUGUACAUCUACAGUAUCAGAUGAGUGAAACAAACAGUAUACAUGUGGGUUACAUUUACUCUACAAACUCUGAAAUGACCAAAUGCUGCAGGUAGCCUUUGGUCAUGUUGGGUACAAUAGCUUUGCAUAAAUGCAGGUAGUGUCACCAGUCUUAUAAAUGGAUGUUUGUGGACUGAUGGAUGAAUUGGCAUCACAAUUUAGCCAGGGUCCAUGUUUUUUUUUAGUAUUUAUUACAUUUGUAUGAGCAGUAGAUUUUUUUAUGUAUAUUCUUGCUGUUAUUGCCAGGAAUUUGAGAGUUUUUCACUUGUCAGAGCUUAAAUUCAGAUAAUUGUCUACAUUUUUGUCCAUGCAAUGUUUGAGACCUGGACAGUUUGGGUGAUUGUAUUGCCUAUUUUGGUGCCAUAUUGUAUCUGCUUACAUGCACCAUUUUAAAUGGUCAUUGCACUUUGUCCUUAACAUGUACCUUUGCCCCUUGUGUGUACAAGGCAAAAAAUACAUGUGUACCCACAGUGAGGAACAAGGCCAACAAUUACCUCCUUAAAGGUAGAGGUUAAAUGCGCAUGUUCUUGUCUUCAAGAAAUAGCUGAAUAAGGGCAUUCUUAUUUCACUUGUUUUAUGUGGGGUAAAUAAGUAUUAAGUUAAGAUUGUAUCCCGUGUACACCGAGGAAUUUUUCAAAAGUCUUUGUUUCCAUUCUUGUAUCAUUCUUGUUUUCCAUCCAUGUAUGGCAGUGAAAAUAUGUAUAUGCUUAUGUAUACUGCUGUAAAGAAACUAUUGUUCUGUGAUCAGUGAAGUCAUCAGUCACAAAUUAAGACCUUGUAAAUGUUGUACAUACAUGUGAUUGUCUGCUGUCAGCUCUUGACACACUGUCAGAGCCUGCCAAAUACCUCGGAGUUGUGUGCCAUAUGCCAAGCGUUAAGCCCUACAGAGUUUACUCUUUCGUUGUUGCCAAGAUGUAUUAUUUACUGUACAUGCGAAGGUACUUGGAGAGUUUGGCGAACUUAGAGACCAAAACAGCACUUUUUCUCCGUGCAUAGAAACAUGUUGAUUCCUGUACGGGAUUGUAUAGUUUGCGAUAUUGUGUAUCAGAUAUGAUUGUUUUAUUUUUUUGAUGCUGUGAGAAUAAGCCCCUGAAGAACUUUUCAUUGGCAGUCAGGGGGUAUGAAUCGUAUCCAAAAGAGCUGGAAUAAACCAGAUGUUUAUGAACA